AUGUCAUCUCUCCAUGUCGAGGAGGCAGAGGCCGCCUUGGGCACGGAGGUUGAGAUUGUCCAAGUGCAUACCAUGGGUACAGUGAAGUUGACUGAAGGGGAAAUUGUCUACAUCCCGACACCGACAGCAGAUCCUCAGGAUCCAUUGAACCUGCCUAUGUGGCAGAAAUGUGUCAUUCUUGGUAUUAUAUCUGUUUUCUCAACCCUCGGUCUCUCGCUCGUCUCCGGAUUCGGUGGUCUACUAGGCUUCUACAUCCCCCAAUAUGUUGCAGCAGGCAAGGAUUACAACGAUAUCACCAAAUUGAUGACAUAUCCAUCAUUGUUUAUGGGAAUCGGCAACAUUAUCGGUAUGCCUCUCGCCAUCGGAGUAGGCAGACGCGUCGUAUUUCUCGCCUCAACGGUGAUCCUCGUCGUAGGCGCAGCUCUCUGUGCAGCUGGCAGUAGCUACGAAUGGCAACUUGGAUUUCGAAUGGUUAUUGGAUUGGCAGCAGGACAAAGCGAGUCAGUUGUGCCUAUGGUGUCUCAAGAAAUAUUUUUCCUCCAUGAGAGGAGUACAGCUAUUACUGUCCAGCUAGCAUUUCAGGCCAUCUUGACAUGUAUAUGGGUGCUCUUUGCUAGUCCCAUUGCAGGUGCCAUCACGCCGCAGUGGUGGUACGGCCUGGGUGCCAUCCUGAGCGGCGUACAGUUGAUUCUUACAUUUUUCUUUCUACCGGAAACCAAGUACAAUCGACCUUUGUCUUCUUAUCAAGAAGGUUCAUCCACGGAAGACUCCUCUGCUGAGAAUCCCGAGGGCACAUCUGAUAAAAAAGAGGUGCCAGUCUACACAAGCCGACCUCCUCUGGAUUAUGUCAAUUAUAAGCCACGAACAUGGAAGUCGGAUCUGCGCCUGUGGAUUGGAAGCCCUGACUGGGCUGCAACCUGGAACGUGCUCCGGCAAACCGGUGAACUUCUUCUCUUCCCCAAUGUCAUCUGGGCACUGCUGGUCAAUGGUCUUACUCUCGGGACUAAUGUCGCUAUUGGAACAACAUACGGAACCAUCAUUACAGGUGCGCCAUACAACUGGCCAAACAACAGCGCAUCCUACGCCAAUAUCGGCCAAAUUGUCACUGCCCUCGUGGCACUACCACUCCUAGGUCAAGGCUCGGAUUGGCUCAUCAAGCGCAUGGCGAAAAGGAACGGCGGUCUACAUGAGCCCGAAGUUCGCUUGAUCCCUUUGAUCAUUCCCAUCAUUGUCGGCACAUUUACUGCUGUCUUGUAUGGUCAGGGAGCGGCUCAUCCCGAAAAAUACCAUUGGUUCGUUUAUGUAUGGGCCGUCGCAGCGUACUAUUUUGCGUUUGUCGGUGCAAAUAUCGCUGCUGUUACGUACUUGUUGGACAGUUAUCCAGCUCGUGCAGGUCCGUUGUUGGUCAUUGUAUGUGCUUUUAGGGGUAUCAUUUCGUUCGGAACAAGCUACGGAACUGCCCCAUUCAUUGCUAGUCAUGGAUAUGAUGGAACUUUUGGAACUUUUGGUGCGCUCACGGCUGCUAUGGGCUUAUUGGGCAUUCCGAUUUACAUCUGGGGCAAGAAGAUUCGUCACGUAACUGGUCGGUACGCCAGGGACUGA